GGCGAUCACUAUGGCUACUCAGUUCGAACUCAACGAUAUGCCUGCUGCGAAACAUCCCCGAUCGACGGUCGAAGACGCUUCGGUGUCUAGUGAUCAGGAUCACAUGGACAAUGCGCAAUUGGCAAAGCUUGGAAAGAAAUCAGUUCUCAAGAGAAACUUUGGAGGCUGGACAAUUCUAGGCUUUAGCUGCGCCGUCCUCGUCACCUGGGAGGGAACCCUCAUGAACUUCGCGCCCGGUCUCAGCAACGGAGGAAGCGCGGGCCUCAUCUACGGCUACAUCUUCGUCUGGAUAGGCGUCCUCAGCUCCUUCGCGUGUCUCUGCGAACUCGUGUCGAUCGCCCCGAUGGCUGCUGGCCAGUACCACUGGGUCGCUAUGCUUGCGCCGCCACGAUACUCGAAAUAUCUCAGCUACAUCACCGGAUGGAUGAACUUGGCUGGGUGGCAGGGGACGUCUGCUGCUGCGGGUUUCCUCACUGCUACGAUGAUUCAGGGUCUUGUUAUCUUUACGACGCCGUCUUAUGAUGCGAAGACGUGGCAUGGUAGCUUGAUGAUCUGGGCUUGUGUCCUGGUUGCUAUCAUUAUUAACACUGUCGUUAGCGCUUUACUUCCGAUUCUGGAGGGAAUGAUCUUGAUUCUGCACCUUAUCGGCUUCUUUGCUAUUCUCAUAACGCUUCUUGUCUUUCGCGACAAUGACAAUGGCACUGAAGUGUUUACUGAGUGGCGCAACUCGGGCAAUUGGCCCACUCAAGGUCUGUCAUGGUUUGUUGGACUUUUGGGCUGUGUCUUUUCAUUCACUGUGUCGACUGCUCCUUUCACAAACCCCUCUCUGAUCGUCCCCCGUUCCAUUAUGGGCAGUAUUACCAUCAACGGCCUUCUCGGCUUUGGUAUGGUCAUCGCCAUGCUUUACUCCGCUACCGACAUCGACGCAGCCAUCGAGACACCAACUGGCUACCCCUUCAUGGAGAUUUUCUAUCAAGCCACCGGAUCAAAGGCUGGAACCGCCGGAAUGGUGUCACUCAUUAUCGUCAUGACCCUAUCUGCUACUGUUGGUGUCAUUGCUUCGACAUCGCGUAUGCUUUGGGCAUUUGCUCGUGACAAUGCUCUGCCAUUCUCACCUUUCCUCUCUAGGGUCGAGAGCCGCACCAACAUGCCCGUUUGGUCCAUCACCACCACCUGUGUCAUCUCUUGCAUCAUCGGUCUCAUCAACCUCGGCUCUUCAGUCGUCUAUAACGCCAUCGUCUCAGUCGCCAUCUCUGGCCUCUACGCAUCAUACUUCAUGCCCGCCAUCCUCCUUCUCUACCGCCGUUGCGAUAAGAACUACCAGAUCCGAAACAUUCACGGCGACGGACAAAUUCUCGAAUGGGGUCCUUGGCACCUCAAGGGAAUGUUUGGCAUCAUCAACAACACCUUUGCUUGCAUUUUCAUCACCAUUGUCUGGUUCUUUAGCUUGUGGCCUCCUUCAACUCCUGUCGAUGCUAAGAGCAUGAACUACGCUUCUCUGAUGACUGGCGGAAUUGGUAUUUUGGCUACCAUUUACUAUUUCCUUCGUGCUAACAAGAUUUACGUGGGACCCAAGAAGGAGAUUUAA